AUGUCUGCACGAAAUUAUAUAUUAUCGGCACGAGAAAGAAAUAUCAGCAAAGUUAUUGAUUAUUUACCUCAAAUAAAUUACCAAAAGUCAGGGUAUCGUUCAGGACAAGAACUGGCAGCGCAAUCAGCUAAUGGUACAAAAUUAUUGAACAGGAAUUUAAAUUUUUCCUAUAAAAUUCCACCCUAUGCAACAGAAUGUUUCGACAGGGCUGGCACACCAUUUUCAGAUUUUUUUUCUGAAAGCGAAACAGGUACCCCAGAUCUUCAUAGUGAAGAAAGUGAUAGUAGUUCUGGGUCAGCCUUUAAAAGGAAUACUGCUGAGGCAACUAGAAUAUUGCAAGCGGAAUGGGAUUGUAUAGAGAGGACUAUCUAUGAUGAAGAAGGUGAAAAAUGUAGUCGACCACACAUGAUAGAAGAAUGCAAGCAAUGGAAACAAUUACAUCCACAGCUAAGGGUUAUUGGCAAAGCAUUAAAGUUGCCAGAACAAAGGCUUUCUUAUAAACAAGUGGAACAAGAAGAGUUGAUAGCGAUGCAUUACAGCGACUAUGAUGAGUUCAGUGAAAGUGAAGAAAGGCUUUCUCAGAGCAGUACAGACGUCACACCUCAGAAUUCACCAAGAUUUUCUCAUAUAGAAGACACUUAUGAACCAAAACUGACUAGAGAGAAAGUGUCUUUCAAACUUCAUGAUGAUAUUGAUUUAUCUGAUGCAUUUUGCUCCCUAUUACACAUAACUCCAAUACAUAUCAGGAGUCCUUCACAUAAGAAAAGACCUAACCAAUGUAUAAUGAGAUCGGAUCUUGCUUCAUCCAAAUGGACAAGAAAAAGACCAGAAUCUUCAAUUAAUUAUGACAGAAAUAGUGCUAAGUCAUUGGUUUCUUUAGAUAGAAAUUAUAAUAGUAUUAAUUUUGACAGUAAAAUUCUUAAUGCUCGCAUUUUAACGGCAAAGCAUAGAGAGUUAGCCAAACUUGAACCACUUUAUACACCGGAAUUAGUACAUAAUGAUGGCUUAAGAUUGAAUGGCAUUCAUCCACAGUAUAGUAUUAGGAAGGUAUCAUUGCCACCCCUACUUUUAGACGAAAAACGUAAGGCAUCUAAUGGGUCUGCUAAAAAGAUAGGUAAAAAUAGAAAAGGCACAUCAAAAGGCUAUUUAGAUAGAGCGAAACUUGCAUAA